GAAACGGUAUCAGCAAGUCAAAAGGCUGGGAGCAUGUGAUAACCUGGUUCCUGUUUGAGGAUUGGUCAAACACAAUCUCUAUAGGGUCCCUAGAGUCUGUCAUCUCUCAGUAGUAAUGUGACCGCGACCGCCGCAUCAGACUCGAACAUACCGGAUCAAGCAUCUGACUCCUUAACACGCAAAUAAACACAAAGUUUCCUUCAUAUCUGAGGAUCACACGCUCAUCUGGAGGGGUUACAUUUUCAGUUUUUGUCUACGUGACUUUCUGUUUUCAUUUUUAUUCAGUCAUUCCUGGAGUUAUAUCAAGUAUCAUGAGAUUUGUUUUCCGGUUUACGACAUGAUUCUCCAGGGAACACAGUGGAAAACUGAAUGAUGAUAGGAAGACACUGGACGGAUGAUUGGACUAUCACAUUUAAUGUCUUGACAUGGAUUGUUCUUAUUAUCUGGUGAUUUAAAACCUAAUCUCUUUGACUGAUCUAAGGAGACUUCCUAUUUUCAUUUUUUUUAUUAUACCAAGCGUGGAUUGCAGUUUCUCUCAGGAAAAUUCGCUUUUGGCAUCCUUUUAUUUAAUCAACACUCUUGGCCAGCCCAGGAGCAAUUUCUUUCUUUUUACCAUUUAAAGUUUUAGUAUCUACAUAAAAAAUCUCAGUCUCAGACUGACUCAUAGCCUCUAGUGAGGUGGCUGGUGCUUCGGGCUGCAGCUAUGGACAUUAAGGCGAGCCAUCAUCCUUUCUUCCCAGCAACCUCACCAUGCUGAGCAAUGUCUUCGACGUGCUGUACAUAACACUGGAGCUGCUGAUCGCCCUGCUUUCUGUCCUGGGCAACGUGCUGGUCUGCUGGGCAGUGGGACUCAAUAGCAACCUCCAGAGCAUCACCAACUUCUUUGUUGUUUCGCUGGCCGUGGCGGACAUCGCAGUGGGAGUGCUGGCCAUCCCUUUCUCCAUCGUGAUCAGCACCGGUUUUUGUGCCAAUUUCUACGGCUGUCUGUUUAUCGCCUGCUUUGUGUUAGUGCUGACCCAGAGCUCCAUAUUUAGUCUUUUGGCCAUUGCCAUCGACCGCUACAUUGCCAUCAAAAUUCCACUAAGAUACAACAGUCUAGUAACAGCACAGCGUGCCAAAGGCAUUAUUGCAUUGUGCUGGGUUCUGUCGGUCAUCAUCGGCCUGACGCCCAUGCUAGGCUGGCACAAAACCCGCUCAGGAGAGCCCCUCAACACCACCUGUCAUCCCGGCAUGAUGGAGUGUUUGUUCGAGGAGGUUGUCGUCAUGGACUACAUGGUUUACUUCAACUUUUUUGCUUGCGUCCUGGUCCCUCUGCUUCUCAUGCUGGCCAUCUACCUGCGGAUCUUCAUGGCUGCGCGCCACCAACUCAAAUGCAUCGAGUCCAAAGCCGUGCCGUGUGAGCUCAAGUCUCGCUCCACCCUGCAGAAAGAAGUCCAUGCAGCCAAGUCACUGGCCAUCAUUGUCGGCCUGUUCGCCGUGUGCUGGCUGCCACUUCACAUCAUCAACUGUUUCACUUUGUUUUGUCCGCAGUGUGAACGGCCGCCGCUUAUCAUCAUGUACCUGGCUAUAAUCCUGUCACAUGCGAACUCAGUCGUAAACCCCUUUAUCUACGCCUACCGCAUUCGUGAGUUUCGAUAUACCUUUAGAAAGAUUGUGCGCUAUCAUGUUUUGGGCAGACGGGAGCCGCUUUCUUGCAACGGAAGCACCCGUACAUCGACCCGAGCGAGCUUGGCGGACUCGCUCAGAAUUAAAGUCAACGGCCUGGUGCGUGACCUCUACAUAGAGCAGAGCAGCACCACCAGCAGUUGUGAAAGUGCAGAGCCCGGGCACACGCACAGACCUACUGCCACAGAAAACUCGAUUUUGGACAACCAGGAUCUCACAAACACCCACAAGCCUCGGGUGGAUCCUGUACUAAGGCAUCUAGAGUCUCCGCUCACAGGGAACAAUCAGGGCAGGAAGCAUGCCAUACUUGAUAUUACGGAGGGGAAGGGUCUGCCCUCUCCUCUUCACAUCAAAGCAGCUCUGUAUCUACAAACAGGCCACUGUACUGAACUCACAGAGGUUUCCUGAUAGCGGGUACUUUAUCGAUUGAGGGAUUCUGAACGUAUUUAGUUGCUACAUUUAAAGGACCUGCAAGACACUAAAAUGAUGGUGUGAGCAAUUUAGCAGCUCUGAUCUAAAUGUGUACAUUUUAAUAUUGUAAUGGUUGUAACAGUGAUGUAAAACAUGUAAAUGUUCAUGGUGUUAUAUCAAACAUUUCUUUAUAUUAAAUUCUUUAUAUGAAAAAAUUCUGCAUACAGAUUUUCUUGUGAUGUUGGACAUGCAAAAUUGCUUUAUGUCUGUUUCACACCGAAUAGGUAAACAUAAGCGGGAAAUAGGCAGCAUGUAUGGAGAGCAUUUGCAAACAUCUGUCUAAUGCCAGUUCAACAAGUUCACAUUAUUUUAAAUACAUAUAUGAGCAAAACCUCAUCAAAAAGCUUGUUUUACUGUUGAUGUGUCUGAUUUAAUUUUAGCCACAUUGUUUUUAAGCUCUUUCUGAUCCAUUUAAUGGAAAUAUGGGUUAAAGACAGAUAAAAAGACCAUCACGCUUUGUAUGUUUCUCUAAAGUUAAUGGGGAUUCACUCUGUGCAGGAGAAAGCGAAUGACAGCAUGAUGCAAUAAAAAGGGGACAUAUCAUGAAAAUCUGACUUUUCCAUGUUUAAGUGCUAUAAUUGGGUCCCCAGUGCUUCUUUCAACCUAGAAAAUGUGAAAAAGAUCAACCCAGUUACUUACUUAGUAAACCAUUCUCUGCAAGCAUGUGAAAAAAUAAGUCAUUGAAAUUUGGCUCCCCUUGUGAUGUCAGAAGGGGAUAAUACCGCCCCUUAAUCUGCACUAUUCAACCACGGUACUGCCACUGAGUGCAGAGAUCAGCUCAUUUGCAUUUAAAAGGAGAUUUAAAACGGCACAUUUUUGCUUACACCUGGCAAUUUUAACUUGCUAUAAUAAAUUAUCUAUAUGGUAUUUUGAGCUAGAACUUCACAUAUGUACUCUGGGGACACCAAAGAUUUAUGUGACAUAUUGUAAAAUGUCCCCUUUAAUUUAAAUAUAAUGCAAAAUGUCUGAUAUUACACUACCUAGUCAAUGUUGAAAAAUCAUACUUAUUUAAAUCCAUUGCUUGUGUUUUUGUGCUAUGCCUAUCUGUCAAAAUGUACAUCUGUAGAAAUCUGGUCAUUCAUUAGUGGCACAGAAACAGCAAUGAAGCAAGACAUUUUUAUCGAACACAUGAAUAAAUGGCAAUUACUCAGCCGUAUGGAGGGUUGCCAGUUUUAUAAUUACAUUAGGUCUUUAAAGAUAAUACAGUUUGUGUUAUAAAUGAGGAUGUUCAUGUAACAUUCGAUUAAGGCCUGAUUAUAAUCUGUCAUACCAAACAAGUGUUAUUUGUCAUGACUGAGUGUCUACUGGGUCUCAGGAGAAUCCAGACUACUGUAAAUUAAAGCCAGGGAAAAACUCAUUAUGUGGGUCUUUGAACUUUUCUUUUGACAGUUCAUUUCCUUGAAAUGCAUGCACUUGUAAAAUGAAUCUUAGAUUAAGUAAAUAUAACCCAAAAAAGACUUACCCAAGUGCAUUUUUUUUCAAGAACACAUAAUG